GGUUCCGGGUCGCUGCUCGGCUCGCCGGCUGGGCGGUGGGGGCUGGUGACGCGGGCCGGGGCUCACGAGAGGCGCGGGAGGCGGGGCUUUGCUGGCUGCCCAGAGAGAGGCAGGUGCGCGGGCCAGGACUCCGGGAAUGCGAGCAGGCCCCUUAUUCUCCCAGUGGCCUCGGUCUGUCCCCACAGCGGCCCAGUCAGGGUUGCCCGAGCUCCAAGGCGGGGGGCGGCACCGGGGUGCUGAAAGGGACAGAGUGCUUUGACCUCCAAGCUGUUUUAAAUCUAGUAGAUAAGCCAGAUCCUGUGUUGCCAUAAGCCCUUGGCCCACAUUUAAGUGGGAAUGCAGCUAGCUUGGAUGUCUGAAACUUUGUAGGCACCUGUGUCUGAAUCCUGAACACAGGCACCAGGACUACUGAGAGCUGGUCAUCCGUGCAGGAUAGCCACACAGCAAACAUGUUUGCAAAACUCAAGAAGAAAAUUGCAGAAGAGACUGCUGUUGCUCAGAGGCCAGGAGGUGCUACUAGGAUCCCACGGUCUGUGAGCAAGGAAUCAGUUGCCUCAAUGGGAGCUGACUCAGGAGAUGACUUUGCUUCCGAUGGAAGCAGCUCCAGAGAAGAUCUUUCAUCCCAGCUUCUGAGAAGGAAUGAACAGAUACGGAAGUUAGAGGCCAGACUUUCUGACUAUGCUGAACAGGUCCGAAACUUGCAGAAGAUAAAAGAGAAGCUUGAAAUUGCAUUAGAAAAACACCAGGAUUCUUCCAUGCGGAAAUUUCAAGAGCAGAAUGAGACAUUCCAAGCCAACAGAGCCAAAAUGGCAGAAGGACUGGCUUUGGCAUUAGCCAGAAAGGACCAGGAAUGGUCAGAAAAGAUGGAUCAGCUUGAAAAGGAGAAGAAUAUUCUGACAGCCCAGUUACAGGAAAUGAAGAACCAGAGUAUGAAUCUUUUCCAAAGGAGAGAUGAAAUGGAUGAAUUAGAGGGGUUCCAGCAGCAGGAACUAAGUAAAAUAAAGCACAUGCUUUUAAAAAAAGAAGAAAGUCUAGGGAAAAUGGAACAAGAAUUGGAGGCACGAACCAGAGAACUUAGUCGUACCCAGGAGGAGUUGAUGAACUCCAAUCAGAUGUCAUCAGACUUAAGCCAGAAGCUAGAAGAAUUGCAGAGACACUACUCAACGCUGGAAGAGCAGAGAGAUCACGUGAUAGCUUCAAAAAUAGGUGCAGAAAGUAAGAUCACAGCCCUGGAACAAAAGGAACAAGAGCUCCAAGCACUCAUUCAGCAGCUUUCCAUUGAUUUGCAAAAGGUCACUGCUGGAACUCGAGAGAAAGAAGACAUUAUCACACAUUUGCACGAGAAGGUCACAUCCUUGGAGAAGAGACUAGAGCAGAACUUAUCAGGAGAAGAACACGUGCAAGAACUCCUGAAAGAGAAAACACUUGCUGAGCAGAAUUUGGAGGAUACCAGACAACAGCUCUUGGCAGCCAGAAGCAGCCAGGCUAAGGCCAUUAACACCCUGGAGACUCGGGUGAGAGAACUGGAGCAGACCUUGCAGGCCUCUGAGGAGCAGCUCCAGCAGAGCAAGGGCAUCGUGGCUGCCCAGGAAGCUCAGAUACAGGAGCUCGCUGCUGCCAACCAGGAAAGCAGCCGUGUGCAGCAGCAGGCCCUUGCUCUGGAGCAGCAGUUCUUGGAGCGCACCCAGGCGCUAGAAGCCCAGAUCGUGGCCCUGAAGAGAGCGCGGGCAGCUGACCAGACCGCCGCAGAGCAAGGGAUGAGACAACUGGAGCAAGAAAAUGCAGCCCUUAAAGAAAGCAGGAAUGAAUAUGAACGUUCUUUACAAAGUCACCAAUUUGAACUAAAGAAGCUGAAGGAAGAAUGGAGCCAAAGAGAAAUUGUGAGUGUGGCCAUGGCUCAAGCCCUGGAGGAGGUGCGGAAGCAAAGGGAAGAGUUCCAGCAACAGGCAGCUAACCUGACAGCCAUAAUAGAUGAGAAGGAACAGAAUCUGCGGGAAAAAACUGAAGUGCUUCUCCAGAAAGAGCAGGAGAUUCUCCAGCUGGAGCGAGGUCACAACUCUGCCCUGCUGCAGACACACCAGCUGCAGGCUGAGCUGGAGGCCCUGAGGACCCUGAAGGCGGAGGAGGCUGCAGUGGUCACGGAGGAGGACCUGCUGAGGCUGCGGGGCCCAUUGCAGGCUGAAGUGCUCUCAGUCAAUGAGUCGCACGUGACCUCUAGGGCCAUGCAGGACCCUGUGUUCCAGCUUCCAACUGCAGGAAGAACACCAAAUGGUGAGGUUGGGGCCAUGGAUCUCACACAGCUACAGAAGGAGAAACAGGACUUGGAGCAGCAACUUCUGGAGAAAAAUAAGACCAUAAAGCAGAUGCAGCAGCGGAUGCUGGAGCUCCGGAAGACUCUGCAGAAGGAACUGAAAAUCAGACCCGAUAAUGAGCUCUUCGAAGUCCGGGAGAAACCUGGACCUGAGAUGGCAAACAUGGCGCCUUCCGUCACGAAUAACGCUGACCUGACGGAUGCUCGCGAGAUCAACUUUGAGUACCUUAAACAUGUGGUUUUAAAAUUCAUGUCUUGUCGCGAAUCCGAGGCUUUUCAUCUUAUAAAAGCUGUGUCAGUGUUGCUGAACUUUUCCCAAGAGGAGGAGAACAUGCUCAAGGAAACUCUGGAAUAUAAGAUGUCAUGGUUUGGGUCCAAACCAGCUCCCAAGGGCAGCAUCCGGCCGUCUAUCUCAAACCCUCGGAUACCAUGGUCCUAGAGGGGACUACCCAAGGAUGGAGCUCCGUGGGUUGACACUUUUUCUGUGAAAAGAACACUGACACACCAGUCUGGGUGGGUUUUUAAUCACUGUAACUGCAGUAUUUUGUACAAGUGUCUAAACAUUGUUUACAAGACUAAGGCCCACUUCCCUGCAGGCUGACCUGAACCUCAGGGGGUAGCUGAUCCUGUCAUUCUGGUCACCAAACAGGAGGGUCCUGGCACUACCCAGAUUUCCACAGUGCUGCUAAUAUCCCAGCUCCAGCCAGCACCCCGUCUGCACCUGAAUCCUCUAACUUCACGUUAGCACUUACAGCCGAAGCCAUCAGCAUCGGGCAGGCACACCUGAGUCACCAUGUAGCAAUGCUCCGGGAGGUAGAGACGGCCCUUUGAGAUGGUGCCCGGCAGGCCAAACCCACCUGCCUCUGCCAGGAACAGCCAACUCCAUGGGAACUCUAUGGGAGUGGCUUUUAAAAAUUCAGAUGAGUUAGAAGCUUUUUAUCCCUUCCUCUCAAGAAAAUAUUCUUUCACCUUGUCUCUCAAACCACCUAGAACUUUAGAGGAUCCAUCUUUAAGGGCCGGUGUGGAUGAAUGAGGAAAAUGCACCUUUCUGACGGUAUCUCUACUUUAAGAAAACUAGCAAAUAUAUGAAAAGACCCUAAGUAUAGUACCAAAUACACUCAAUUGCCUUUUUAAUGAAUGUACUUGUCUUGGAUAGGUUGCUGGUAAACCAUUUUAAACUAUUUUUUAUAGCUGAAGUUCUUCAUUACUAUAAACAUGUCUUCUGUACUAUAUAAAAUCCAUUUAACUGGUGUUCUUAAAAUCAGAGCGUCCAGAGGAAAUUCUUCCUAAAACUAGGAUUCCUGUUCCUUUGUCUUCUCACUUGCACUCUGGCACUGCUCCCUCUGAAGUGCAGUGGGAUCUCGUGUGCUUUGUCUUGAUUCUGUGCCGCGCUGCCGCUGGGCGAUGCAGAUCACCUGUCUUCUACUGAAGGACAGUCCGCUGUCUCCGGUGGGGGCAGCAGCUGUGCCCCAGCCUUGAUGGAGACAUUGGGGCAGUCUGCCUUGUGUGUGGAGCCACUCUCUCUCCCUCAUCCCACCCCAAAUACUUAAAAUGACACUACACUCAGACGGCGCCCAGCUGGCUGCAGCGCUUGUAGCACGCACAUGAUGACUCUGGUAGUAACCAACAAAAACUUGUUUUAUGGAUUCCUCGUUACUGAGGAAAGGGAACAUGCUGGUUCUGGAAAAGCCACAAUAUUGAAUCUAAAAGGAAACCGUUUAUUGUUUGAUGAAAGUUUCACUGUUUAAAUAAAAAACUAAAUUAGUAACUGGAGCUCCUAAAUUUAUUAUCCAUUAUCCAGUGAUGGAAAGUUGUAUUUCUCAAUCACGCUUAGGGCCAAAAUAGGUAUAUAAAAUGUGUCACAGAAAAACACGCAUUUGCAACGUUAACCUAAUGAAAUUUCCAUGAAGAACCAAGCCAGGGCAGCAUCUCCGUAGUCCCAGCUCAGGCUGUCUGCCUUCCAGAGGCCCCUUCUCCAGUGACUAACCUCCUCAUCUGGCUCCUCCUUACAGACACAGUUAUCCCUUGUUUAGAACAUGAAUUUCCAUUUACCUGGUGGGAACACGAAACAGGAGUCUCUUCUGUUCUGCAAGUUUGAUGGGUAAGAGGUAGCCUUUUUUCAAAGUAGGAUUUCCUUUUUCAACUGUUCCAGGAAAGAAUCUCUAAGACUGGGUAGCUCACAGCCAGCCAAAGGCAGCUACAUUUCCAGAGAAGCCCGUCUGCUGCCUCCGUGGCUUCUCCAGCCAUUGAACUGGUCCCACACGCACCCCAGGCCCUGCUCCUCGGCAGUUUUAGGUGUAGCUAUGGGGCCUGUUCCUAGGUCUGUACUGACUUUAGGGAGGCUUCACUGACUAGGCUUUCCUCCUGCAUGUUGAAUUUCCUUCAGCUUUAAGAGGAAGAGUGGAGUAAAUAUUCUAAGUGAUUUAAUGCACUUUGACUUGUAUAAAACUUUCUGUGUUAGCGACGGUAUCUAUAGCCCUUUAUACGAGCGAUGGAUCUUGAGCUCUCCUUCCAUGUUGUAAAUAGGGAUUGUAUUCUUGAAAACUGCUGUAGAAAAUUCAUCUGUGGUGCAAUACACUUUUUGAUUAAAGCUCUUCAAUCCAGAUGCAACUACAAUGGAUUUUAC